AGCGGUGGCCCCAGGGGGAAGAUGGCGCCCUCGGGGCUGAAGGCGGUGGUGGGGGAGAAGAUCCUGAGUGGGGUUAUUCGAAGUGUCAAGAAGAAUGGAGAGUGGAAGGUCCUCGUCAUGGACCGCCCCAGCAUGCGGAUCCUGUCUUCCUGCUGUAAGAUGUCAGACAUUCUAGCAGAGGGCAUCACCAUUGUGGAGGAUAUUAACAAGCGCAGAGAACCCAUCCCCAGCUUGGAAGCCAUUUACCUUUUGAGCCCAUGUGAGAAGUCUGUCCAGGCUCUGAUCAAUGACUUCCGGGGAACCCCUACCUUUACCUACAAAGCUGCCCACAUCUUCUUCACAGACACCUGUCCUGAGCCCCUUUUCCUCGAACUGGGCCGAUCAAGGCUGGCCAAGGCUGUGAAGACGCUGAAGGAGAUUCACUUGGCUUUCCUUCCCUAUGAGUCCCAGGUAUUUUCCUUGGAUGCGGCCCAUAGUACUUAUAAUUUGUACUGCCCCUUCCGGGCCAACGCAAGGAUCCGGCAACUGGAGAGCUUGGCCCAGCAGAUCGCUACACUCUGUGCCACCCUGCACGAGUACCCUGCUAUUCGCUACCGAAGGGGGUCUGAGGACACUGCCCAGCUUGCCCACGCCGUCCUUGCCAAGCUCAAUGCCUUCAAAGCGGACGAUCCCAGCCUGGGGGAGGGUCCUGAGAAGAUGAGGUCCCAGCUGCUGAUUGUGGACCGGGGCUCAGACCCUGUGUCCCCUCUGCUGCAUGAGCUCACUUUCCAGGCCAUGGCCUAUGACCUUCUGGACAUCCAGCAGGAUACCUACAGGUACGAGACAACGGGCCUGAGUGAGACCCGGGAGAAGUCAGUGCUCCUGGAUGAGGAUGAUGAGCUGUGGGUGGAACUGAGGCACAUGCACAUUGCGGAUGUGUCCAGGAGGGUCACAGAGCUGCUGAAGACCUUCUGUGAGAGCAAAAGACUGACCACAGAUAAGGCCAACAUAAAAGACCUCUCCCACAUCCUGAAAAAGAUGCCCCAAUAUCAGAAGGAACUGAACAAGUACUCGACACACCUGAACUUGGCUGAUGACUGCAUGAAGCACUUCAAGGGCACCGUGGAGAAGCUCUGCAGCAUUGAGCAGGACCUGGCUUUGGGCACAGAUGCAGAGGGGGAGAAGAUCAAGGAUGCCAUGAAGCUGAUUGUCCCUGUGCUGUUGGACACUGGGGUCCCCCAGUAUGACAAGAUCCGUAUUCUUCUACUCUACAUCUUGCUUCGGAAUGGAGUAACCGAGGAGAACCUGGCCAAGCUCAUCCAACAUGCCAAUGUGCAGGCACACAGCAACCUCAUCCGAAAUCUGGAGCAACUCGGGGCCACGGUUACCAUUGCCACGGGCUCCGGGGCCCCUAACCGAGGAGAACGAAAGGAGAGGUUGGAGCCAACCUACCAGCUAUCCCGCUGGACACCCGUCAUCAAGGAUGUGAUGGAGGAUGCCGUGGAGGACAAGCUGGACCGGAAACUAUGGCCCUUUGUGUCUGACCCUGCCCCUACCUCCAGCUCCCAGACUGCUGUCAGCGCCCGCUUUGGUCACUGGCACAAGAACAAAACUUCAGUGGAGUCUUCCCGGGCUGGGCCCCGACUCUUGGUUUACAUACUGGGUGGUGUGGCUAUGUCUGAGAUGCGGGCAGCCUAUGAGGUGACCCGGGCCACCGAAGGAAAGUGGGAGGUGCUCAUUGGUGAAGCCAGUGAGAUGAAGACUUCCUCUAUCUGCCUCUUCCUCAUCUUCCUCAUCCUUCCUGGGCACAUGAUCCUAGGGCAGGAUGGCUGUCUUCUAGAUGAGCUCUUAAACAAGAAGAUCGAGGAGCAGGCCAGUUCCUAUGUUCUGGCUGCCCUUGUCAAGUCUCAAAUGACCUGUUCCAGUGUUACCUCUCGGGGUGCUCUAGCCACCUGCCCCUCAGGGUCCAUUGUCACAGCCUGUUCAUGUGGUAAAGCAUGUGGCUCCUGGGAUGUUCGUGAGCCCAUCACUUGUCACUGUCAAUGUGCUGGAAUAGACUGGACUAGUGCCCGCUGCUGCCGGUUUUGAGGUCCACAAUGAGCCAAGACAGAGCCUUCUCUUGCUUUCUUCCCACCAAAUCCUUUCUGAGUCUGGCCUUCUCCCAGGAGUCAAAGCUGGAGGUUAAAUAAAUGUGGCAUGUGGUCA